GAUACUUUGGCCAUCCACACAACUGACUCAGAAUCGACUUGCUGGCUACAUUUUUCUACGUGAAUUUUGUUAAUAACUGCGUUAAUAAUUUGACAAAGCCAAGCCGCAAAAGUAUCACGCCCAGAAGCAGCAGCACAACAAUAGUAGAAAGAGUAGGUGAGCAAGAGAGCGGAGAGAGAGGAGAGAGGUCGCCAACCCACAAUUAAGAAAAAGUCGACACGUACAAGAGUUGCACCUUAGCGGCAGAAUAAGAAAGUAUUAAACAUGUCAUCCGGAGAUUUUGGCAAUCCGCUGCGCAAAUUCAAACUUGUGUUUCUUGGCGAACAGAGUGUGGGAAAGACAUCGCUGAUUACACGGUUUAUGUAUGACAGUUUUGACAACACCUACCAGGCGACAAUUGGUAUUGAUUUUCUAUCCAAAACGAUGUACCUGGAGGAUCGGACGGUGCGGCUACAGCUUUGGGAUACCGCCGGCCAAGAGCGCUUCCGUUCACUGAUACCCUCGUAUAUACGAGACUCCACAGUGGCUGUUGUUGUAUACGACAUCACGAACACGAACUCAUUCCAUCAGACCUCCAAGUGGAUCGAUGAUGUGCGCACGGAGCGAGGCAGUGAUGUCAUCAUCAUGCUGGUUGGUAACAAAACGGAUCUAUCUGACAAGCGUCAGGUGUCCACCGAGGAGGGCGAGCGCAAGGCGAAAGAGCUAAAUGUGAUGUUCAUCGAGACGAGUGCUAAGGCCGGUUAUAAUGUGAAGCAAUUGUUUAGACGCGUGGCGGCGGCGCUGCCCGGCAUGGACUCCACGGAGAACAAGCCAUCUGAGGAUAUGCAAGAGGUUGUGCUCAAGGAUUCGCCCAACGAGACAAAGGAUCCUGAAGGCGGUUGUGCUUGCUAGAACUGGCCACCCACUCUCCUAUCCUAUCCCUCCCCUCCCACAACAACCUACGCUACAACCUCGAGAACACAAUUCACACACAUUGACACACGCUGGCGUCGCUGGGUGUACACCACGUGUAUGUGGGCAACGGUCUCGGUCGCGGUCGCGGUCAGAACAGAUGCAAAACGAAAUAACAACAGAUCAAGAAUAAAAAAAACAAGAGAUGCACACAUACACACAAUUCUAUGUUUAAGUUUAUUUAUAUUAAAAGAAAGUAUAAACGAAAUGAUAGCAAAACAUAAAUAGACUAAAAAACAAAACUAAUUUAAACGCAAUCGGCUAAAAAUAUGUAAUUUAAAUUAAUGCAAUGCAAUUAUAAGUAUGCGCCUAAUCUUAACGAUCCUAAUCAAAACCCUAAUCAAAAUAGUAAAGCUCUGUUCGAAAACUGUGAGGGCUCUUUUGAAACUCUUAAUACCUUGUACUUACAAAAUACACACACCACUUGAACACACAAUUAACAUUCCAAAUUAUGCGCUGGUUACCUCUUAGUACACUAAAGAUACCACAGAGCCAGCUUGUGUUCAAAUCAGGAGCAUAUUUUUCCCCCUGCGAUUGCGCCUCCCAUGCGAACAUACAUAUGUACACACAAUUUGUGUGAGUGUGUAUGUAUGUGUGUAUAUGACUAAGCCACAUGUAUUGUUUGCGGCUUUUGUUUGUUUUAAAUUAAAGUUUAUUUUGUUCACCUAGAUACAUAGGCAACUACAGUUGGUUGGCGCAGAACUUGGCAUCUUAUGAGUAAAUAUACAUACAUACAUAUAUUUAUAUAAUAUAUACAUAUGACAUGUAUUUUUAUGAACAAAAAAGAAAAC